AUGGAAGAUGGGCCUUACACUGGAAGUGGGGUGGGUAAGGGAAGGGCAGAACAUUAUAAAGGAAGGGUCACAGUUCAUGUUAUCAUCGCUUGCAUUGUUGCUGCCACUGGUGGGUCCCUCUUCGGCUAUGAUGUUGGAAUUUCAGGAGGGGUUGCUUCCAUGGAUGACUUUCUUCAGAGUUUCUUCCCCGCAGUGUAUAAACAUAAAUUGGAAGCACAUGAAAACAACUAUUGCAAGUAUAACAAUCAGGGCAUUUCUGCAUUUACCUCUACUUUAUACAUUUCUGGUUUUGUUGCAUCCCUGGUUGCAGCUCCAGUUACAAGGAAGUUUGGCCGGAGGACAAGUAUCAUAAUUGGUGGUAUCAACUUUCUCAUCGGCUCAGCUCUUAAUGCUGCAGCUGUUAAUCUUCAAAUGCUCAUCAUAGGAAGAGUUCUGCAAGGUGUUGGCAUUGGAUUUGGAAAUCAGGCUAUUCCGCUCUAUUUGUCAGAGAUGGCGCCGACCCAAUUUCGAGGAGCCCUGAACAUGAUGUUUCAAGUCGCAACCACUUUUGGGAUUUUUACAGCAAAUAUGAUCAAUUAUGGAACGCAGCAGAUUCAACCGUGGGGGUGGAGGUUGGCCCUUGGCCUGGCUGCAAUACCAACUCUUUUAAUGACUGUCGGAGGAAUAUUUAUUCCAGAGACCCCAAAUAGCUUAGUAGAAAGAGGAUCAAAGGAACAAGGAAGGAAGCUCCUUGAAAAAAUAAGAGGAACGGAUGACGUAGACGCAGAGUUCCAAGAUAUGCUUGAUGCAGGCGAAUUGGCAAACUCGAUAAAGCACCCCUAUUGGAACAUCCUUAAAAAAAGAUACAGACCGGAGUUGGUGAUGGCUAUCUGCAUGCCUGCAUUCCAGAUUCUGACUGGCAUAAACUCAAUUCUUUUUUAUGCUCCAAUGCUAUUUCAAAGCAUGGGAUUUGGCAGAGCGGCGUCUCUCUACUCCUCAGCCUUGACUGGAGUAGUUCUCGCCUUAUCAACAUUCAUUUCUAUUGCAACAGUAGAUAGAUUGGGGAGACGACCCUUACUCGUCAGCGGUGGAAUACAAAUGAUUGUAUGCCAGGUUAUAGCUGCCUUAAUUUUGGGGGUCAAGUUUGGAGAAAACCAAGCACUGUCGAAAAGCUAUUCAAUAUCAGUUGUAGUUGUACUGUCUCUCUUUGUUCUAGCAUUUGGGUGGUCAUGGGGGCCACUAGGAUGGACAGUCCCGAGUGAGAUAUUUCCGUUAGAAGUUCGAUCAGCAGGGCAGAGUAUCACAGUGGCUGUAAACCUUCUGUUCACUUUCAUAAUCGCGCAGGCAUUCCUUUCCCUUCUAUGUUCUUUCAAGUAUGGGAUCUUUCUGUUUUUUGCUGGGUGGAUAAGCAUCAUGACAAUAUUUGUUGUCUUGUUCCUACCUGAAACCAAGGGAAUUCCCAUCGAGGAGAUGUCAAUUAUUUGGAGGAAACACUGGUUCUGGAAAAGGAUACUGUUGGAUGAUGCAGACCGAUUAUCUCAGGACUCUGGAACUGAAUUAAUUCACUUAGAUGUGUAA